AUGGAGGCAGAUAAAGAUUUUAGCAGCAUCGUCCAUUCACCGCCAUUCACCUUCUUGGUCGGUCCCAAUCACACCAAGCUUACCAUCCAGGCUGGUCUUGCCCGUCAUGUCUCCCAACCGCUUGACCAUCUUAUGAAUAGUGGUGAGACCCGGGAGUCCAAGCAUCACAUCGCUGUCCUUGAGGACGAGGACGUCGAGACUUUUGUUGCCUUCUGCGAAUAUGCCUACACUGGGGAUUAUCGGGUACCUCCCCCAGGGUCGCGUGAGGAGGAUCGCGAUAACCAGCGCGUGAGUAAUCCGUUUCGCGGGGUCUUUUCCAAAGACUCUCCGACGAGUCCAGUGAGAACUAUACCACCGCGUGCGCCGACGCCCCCCAGAACAUCUUCGAGGGAGACCCACGACCGGCCCAGCGAGGGCAUGUAUGCUGGUUCUGGUAGGGAUGAUGAUGAUUGGGAAUGCGCAAUCGCGCCAGAUGAGGAGCCUGCAAAUUUCGAACAAGAACUGCGACCAGGGUUAGAGAAGCCCAGUGAGCAGCCUGCGACGACCCUUGCCGUUGAUGAAAAGGGUGACGAAGAUGCCUGGGAUGCGGCGGAUGACGAGGCAAUCAAGGGAAAGCAGGGCAAGAAGAACAAGACGAAUAAAAACAAGAAAAAGGGUGCUUCUGGCCAAGAGCAGCCGUCCUCUAAGUUGACGCCUCCGUCCACCCCACCCCCUGAGAACCCAAAGCCCGAGGAGGACGUCGCCAACGCAACUGCGGAAACCAGGGCAGUGUCGGAACACUGGGGUCAAGAGUCCGCCCCAGUGGAGGCACCAAGUGCUGCGGAGCCAGCUUCGCACACGGAGAGUUGGGAGCAAACGACAGUCGCUCCCCCAGCAGAAGCUGAAACCAACGACGCAGACAGCGGUGGUGCGAAAAGCACAUCGCAAGCACCGAAGGAAGAGAAGCACCUGGAACACGACCGGGGUGGCAGGAGACUGACUGGGCCGAUGAUUGACACCUCCUUCGCCAAGCAGCAGUACUCUCGUCUACAUGAAAAGGGGACCAGCUUAUGGGACGAGUUCGCCGCCAUUGACUACAUUGAUCCGCGCUCCUGUCUCAGCACCAGGCCUCCAAGCGUCAUCUCCUCCCGCUCGCCUUAUGAGCUGCCGUACUUAGUCUUCCAUGCCAAGCUCUAUGUCUUUGCAACUCGGUACCUGAUCCCGGCACUGGCUCAGCUAUGUCUCCGCAAACUGCACCGAGAUUUGCUGUAUCUGGGCUUCCCUGAGACAAUGGACGACGAUGAAGAGCAUCAUGCUCUAACGAGCAUCAAAGCUCUCAAAGUCCUUGACCUGCUGCACUAUACGUACACCAAGACCACCCGUCUGGAGCCGAUUACUCCGACCUCCGCCACCCAAUUGCGGGACAACGAGCUGCGGAAGCUGGUUGUGCACUAUGCGGCGUGCAAAGUGCGGGAUCUGGCCACAUACUGUCCGCCAGUCGAUAGCGAUCUGGGUUCACCGUCAGCCAAAUCCCAUAAGCCUUCAGCUCAGGGUCUGCGGGCACUGCUCGAUACUACGACGGAGCUCGCCUCAGAUCUCGUAUACCGGAUGAUGGUGUGAUUUUGUGUUCAGUACGCUGCGACCAAUCCCAUCCGUAAACGUUUUUGAUGCCUCGUUCCGUGUUUGUCUUCCGAUCUGUUCCUGGCCAUGCAUAUGAACUGUUCAUUUCCUUUUAUU